UAUUCAUAAGUACCUCGUCUGCGGUUGAUCUGCUGUAGCGUGUGAUACACAUUACAGAUGCAACGCGUGGAGUAUCUGACGUGAAAAUUGGAGUGAAGCAUUGCCCUUAGCGAAGCUAGGUCGGGUCAUUUUAACCAAGUCUAUUUUCUGGACGAUGGCAGAUAUGCCGGCGAAUGUCGGCACCAUGCGAAAAAUGUCCUUCGGCAUUAAUGGCAAAUUGAACGGCAUCGAGGGCAAAACACCCUUCUUGAUAGGAGUUUCAGGUGGUACUGCGAGUGGAAAGUCCACAGUAUGCAAGCGCAUAAUGGAGAAAUUAGGACAGGUUGAUAUGGACCAUCAGCAGCGCCAAGUGGUCUGUAUAUCACAAGACAGUUUCUAUCGCGAUUUAACAGCAGCUGAGAAAGUAAAAGCUGAAAAGGGACAGUAUAAUUUUGAUCAUCCUGAUGCAUUUGACAAUGAUCUGAUUUUACAAACAUUGCAAGAUAUAUUAGCUGGUGUUAAGUGUGAGAUACCACCUUAUGAUUACAGGACAAACAGAGUACUAAAGGAUCAACUUACUACAAUCUAUCCUGCAGAUGUGGUUCUUUUUGAAGGAAUAUUAGUAUUCUAUUUCCCUAAAAUCCGAGAUCUGUUUCAUAUGAAAUUGUUUGUUGAUACUGAUUCAGAUACCAGACUUGCAAGGAGAGUACCAAGGGAUAUUAAAGAACGUGGACGGGAUUUGGAUUAUGUCUUAAAUCAAUACAUGAACUUUGUAAAACCAGCUUUUGAGGAAUUUUGCUUACCAACAAAGAAGUUUGCGGAUGUCAUAAUACCAAGAGGAGCAGAUAAUAUAGUGGCAAUAGACCUUAUAGUGCACCACAUCCGGGAUAUUUUGCGUUUGAAAAAGGCCGAAAACUCAUCCGGGCAGCAUCCAUUCGUCUAUCAGCGUAGGCGUACCUCGGCCUCAUCAGACACGCUCAGCAGAUGACUUAAGCAUGAUAAGCUCACUCUGUCAAGCACUGCAUUUUUUUCCGCACCAUGCUCCCAUGUAUGACUUGAUCCUACUGAUAAUAUGUCUCGCGAUUCCUUUUAAUAUUAAUGAAAAAGGUGAUGUCCGUUUUUCGACUCCGAAAGAUCGACAUGUGCACUUCUCUUCUUUUACCGUGAUAUAUUUACAAAUGCUAACGAUAUUUUCUCAAUUAUCGUAAUUCAACGAUCGUAAAUUAUGUUAAUUUAUGUAAUCUCAAUACAUACAUAUAUAUACAUAUGUGUGAAUGGAUGUAUGUAUAUAUAUACAUACAUAUCACACAUACACAUGUAUCCCAAAAAUAGGGUUGAACGGACAUUCAUUUCCCCGCAAACUGCCAUAGUGUCAUGGAAUUUUGUAUCGAAAAGUUAUAUAUUUAUAUUUAUACAUGGCGAAGGAUGGUGCUUUUUAUACGUGUUUAAUCCCGAAUGAAUAUCCUUGCGUGAAUUAAAUUAUAACAUUUAACCAUGAAAUAAGUGCAUGAAGUUGCGUGGAAUAAAAGAGUUAAAUGACGGAAAUGCAGUCGGUGAAACUGAGUUUUUUUUUUCAGCUCAGUUCUUUAACAUUUUUCUGUAUUCUCAAUAUAGUACUACUGCCUUAUAUUUCUCAUGGUUAAAUUGAAGAAAAUUCUAAAGGCAUUCACUAAUGUCUCAAUGAUUAAGAGAUGAAUUCAAUUCAAUGGAAUGUCCAUCAAUUCGUUUUUGCCCAGUCAUCUGUGCAAAUUACUGAUCAAUCUUGCAUCAUAUAAUUAUCUAUAUUACCACGCAAGUUUCUUAGUUAACGUCUUAAGUAUUACGAGAAUAACAAUGAGAGACCUAAUGAAUAAUGUGUACAUGUGCAAUUGUCUGUGAUAUGUGAUUGUGUGUGUGCGCGUGUGUAUGGAUGUACGUCUGUGUAUAAUUAAACAAGUUAUUUUAGUGUUAAUGUUUUAAACGUAUCUGUGUAAGGUAUUACUUUGUUUCUGGUCACUUCACCAUAAUUUGCAUUUUGCAUAAUACUAUAUAUAACAUGUAACGUACAAUGCACAUGCAAGAUAUUCAUAAAUAUAAUUAUCUCUGAGAUGUAGUGUAUCUAGUUUACACAUUAGACUUAUUGUACUUCGGCAUAUUCGCCUAUUGCACCUUAUAACAACAAUUCUCAUACUUUAAUAUGUACAAACUUACAAGGUGCACCAGAACUGUUAUGCAGUAGAACUUCGACAGUUCCUUUCAAUGAUUAUUCCUUUAAAACCCUUUUAAAGAAGCAUUCUCCUAUAGAAGCAUUUUUUACUUUUUUUUUUAUGAGAUCUAUACUACACACAUAAAAUAUUGAUGAAAUCUCUGUUAAGCUACUUAUUUUUUAAUUUCUUACAUUAUCUUUGCUAGUUUCAUUGAUAUAUGUAUAUCAAUCAUUGUUGAGUUCUUGAUUUUGAGACAAUAUUUAUUUUUCUCAAUCUCCAUUCUCUAUCUGUGGUCGACGGAGAGUGUACUAGUUCUGGGAUACCCUACGUAUUCACAAUAUAUAACGGGAAAGAAAGCAGCAAAUCUAUUCUCUUUCUCUCUUUGUACUUGCGAGUCAACAUAUGAACACAAGUGUCUUACGCAUAAUAUAAAUUGCAUGUAAUCAUUAUGUGAUUACAAUUGUUACCCAAGAUAAUUAUAAUUAAUUCUUAU